CAAGCCCAGCCCUUCAGGUCCCGAAACAGGUUGCAUGACACACUCGGGUGGGGCUUUUUUUUUUCUCGUUUAAUCUGGAAGGCUGUCCACACCACACCUAUUGACACACGCACACUCUCUCUCUGCGCAAAGACGCACAGGACGCUCUAACAAUCCCACGGACCGCUCGCGCUCCUUUCUUCAAAAAAAGAAAAGAAAACACCGCUCCGCACACUCCGAUCCUCGGUCAUGUUUCGCUGCGGGAUCGCCUACCCUCGGUGCAGGUGGAUCGUGCCCCUGCUGCUGCUCUUCGCCAUUAUUUUUGACAUUAUCGCCAUCGCGGCCACGUCGGGAUGGGUCGAGGACGAGGAGGGCAAAUCCCACUACGCCAGUAUGUGGGAAGAGUGCCGCGGCAGGAACGACAACUGGGACUGCAGGUCGCUCAUGGAGUUCUCUUGGGCCCAGGCAGUGGCUGCUCUGAUGAUCAUCGGCCUCAUCAUCCUCAUCAUCGCCUUCAUCAUCGCCUGUGUGGCUCUGUGCUGCACGCUCAACCUCAAUCUCCUGCCUUUCAUUGGAGUUUUGCUGAUUAUUGUUGUGGUUAUCCAGAUCAUCGCUCUCAUCAUCUACCCCGUCAAAUUCAACGAGGAGCUGUUCGAGGGCCACUAUUACUACACCUGGGCCUACGGCUUCGGCUGGGGAGCCACCAUCCUCUGCAUCGGCUGCGCCGUCCUCUUCUGCUGCCUGCCGCGCUACGAGGAUGAGCUGACCGGCCUGGCCAAGACCAAAUACCUUUAUUCCUCCGCCUAAAUACUAAGCCUGCACCCCCCCCCACCCACUAACAGACAUUUCCACUCUGAGCUGGAUCGGCGCUGGCCAAUGAAGAUUUUUACACUACCAUUUCAUCAAAGAUCCACGAUGGCUCAGUUCAGUUCGGUUAGAUUUGGCUCGGCAGUGGGGAAAAACACCUCCAGUCCGAAGCGAGAGGUGCUUCUUACUGGAAGUGGACUGUAAUUGGAUGUCGCAUCUGCUUUAAUGUACAAACCAUAGUCUUCAUCCUAGAAAGAAAAUAAACAGUUUUUUACCAUUCUGCAUUUGAGUGAGACAUCUUCCUCCUCAUCUUCCUUCCAUCUUCUUCAUUUUACCUGGACUUUUUACCAGUAAUUCUCAAUGCAAGAUCACCUAAGUGCACUUAACCUAAGGGAAUUAAUAAUGUGUAAAGCAUAGCAUUUUAUUUUAUAACGACCUUGGUAGAAGAGAAGUUUGUACUAAAACUUGCACAGGGUGCAAAAUGAAUCAUUAAUCAUAAUUUGGUUUUGUCCCAUGUGUUACAAUUAAUUUCAAUGUGUCUUUUACACUGUAUGUGGUUGUGUGUGCAAAGGCUUGGAGUCAGAAGAUGAAUGUAAUCUACACAUAUGGAAAUGUGGUUUAACAGUUGCGUUUGCACGUUUUUAGGAUUUAUUAUUUUUGGAUAAUUCUUAUCUGCUGUCACUCACUUACUACCAAAGGGGUUUAACUGUGGGAGUUUGCUGUGCUGUCUUUGUAUCUGUUCUGAGCACUAACAGUACACUUGUUGAGUAGACACAGGAUGUGACAUUUUAUUGACUUGACUGCAGUUGUUUCAUCUCUGGAAGCAAAUUCAGAUGGAUUUCCAAUAAACUUGAUAAUCUUUCGUGUAAAUUUAGAAAAAACUGUCAAAAUGGUGUAUUAAAGGGACCAAUAUGAACUCUGAAUCUCCUUUUUCAUGUCUUGUUGCCUCCAAAGUAGAGAGUGCAUCCAGAGAGAAGACUUUCCGUGAGAAAAGAUUAAAAGAGGGACCAAUCAUGUAUUUUCUUAAAGCCCUGUGCAGACAUACUGUGUGUAAAACCGGUGCCUUAGCUUCUUUGGUGUUGUGUUUAUGAAUGUGACCAUGUUUAAUCCCUGUCAACAGUUACAUUUCUCUCCAUGCUAAAACCAAAUUAUUGCCCAAACCAGACCUAGUUAUAUUGUUUCUAUUACAUUUCUAAAGGAAAACUGUUCAAUCAAGAGUCAACAUCCAUAAAAGAAAACAUGCUUUUACUUUCUACUUUUUUAGAAUUAAAUCACUAUAUGGGUAUAUAAUGUACUAUAGAGAAUGUGUUAUUAACAUUCACCCACUUCUGGAAAUCACGCGUCUGUUUCUCUGCUGUCGUAUGAAUUGAUUAUUUUUCGGUAGUUUGUGUGUUUUUAUGCAAUAAAAAGUUUUUUGUUUU